GGAUGACACCCUUAACCAUUGCAACGUUGUUGCCUGUUUACUUCUUUCUUCGAACCUCUUCUUUUUGCUACUUGCAAAUCGUGGUUGAACUUGAACAACUUCAAGACUACGCUUACGAUGCUAAUUUGGACACCAUAAUGACGAGUCCUGGUCAAAAUGCAUUACCAUUACCUAACUCUUCUCUACUUAUGUAUCAUGCUCUACAUCUGUCAACAUGGAACAACCCCGCAGCCUCGAUUUAAGCGCUCCACGUGCUGACGUGUUACGCUUUCCCAGCGGAGACCAGGACUAACUUCUUUUCUCAAGAGGCACAUCAAUUUCUAUCCUAACGAUACAUGAACCUCGGGCUGGAGGAUGCUAGGGGACAUAAGGUGGUUUUUAUUGUUCCUGCGAGUGUUUAGUAC